AUGGCCGAAUUUGUUAUUAAAGACGAGGAUCUAAGCAACCUCAAGGACAAGGUGGUCGUCAUUACAGGUGGCUCGGCUGGUAUAGGCCUGGCAACAACUAAGCUACUUUUAUCCAUGGGAGCAUCUGUUGUCUACGGAGAUAUUCAACCACCAGCCACUGGAGAAUUGGACAAAAAGUCUUCCACUUUAUUUGUGCAAACAAACGUGGUCAACUGGACAGACCUUGUCGCGUUGUUCAAAAAAGGAAAGCAGCAUUUCGGCCGGAUUGACUCCGUGUUCACAAAUGCCGGUGUCCGUCCUCGCGCGCGCUACUUGGCAUUUGAGGAAGAUGAAAAUGGAGACUUGAAGGAGCCCAAUCACGAAGUCUUUGAUAUUAAUCUGAGAAGUGUGAUCAACACGGCUUACCUGGGUGUCCACUACAUGAAGGAACAGCCCGAGGGAGGCAGUAUUGUGCUCAUGGCUUCCAGCUCCGCUAUACAACCGUUCCGACGUCCUGAUUACAGCUCCGCCAAGCAUGGCGUUUUCGGGUUCGGCAGAGGAUAUGCACGCCUUGUUGAAUCCGCCGGGCUUCCCAUUCGGGUCAAUGUCAUGAUGCCAUCUAUGACAACGACUGGAAUAAUGCAAAACAUGGAUGCGAUGAUGAGUCAGGUAUCAUACCAGGCACAGACUGAUUCGUCUGUUGCACGUUGCGCUGCGUUGCUAAUGGUCGACACAUCUCGGCACGGGGAAGCAAUUUUCGUAUCCGAGGGGAAAUAUAAAGAAGUCGAAAAGGCAGUUCUCUUGCCAGCCUAUGAAUCAAUCAAGGGAGAGGAGAGGAUAAGUGAUGAUGACGUGAUAAGACUCCUUUCUGCGAAAUCAUAG